CUUUCCUAGGAUAGCGAAGGCAUAAGCCGUCCUACUCUUCCUCUGAUUGGUUAGCACUCAUUGUCUUCGUUGGUUUGGUUCGUUAGGUGCAUGCAAGAGGAAUGGGAUUGGUUAGGGAUAGGGUAGGAUUGUCAGGGUAAUCCAAUCAGAGGCAGAGUAGGGCGGAACAUGCCAGCGCCAUCCUGUGGACUAUGGAAAUUACUUGCAUCCCGGAACAGGGAGGAGCUGGAAGUCAUUACCGUGGAUAUAAACACAAUCUCUGUACCUUGGUUUCAUUAAGCCUCAUUGUUGCUGACCAGGAUGAUUGACGUCCGGGCAUGGGCCGAGUACGUGGUGGAGUGGGCCGCCAAAGACCCCUACGGUUUCCUCACCACUGUCAUACUGGCGCUCACACCUCUCUUCAUCGCCAGCGCACUGCUGUCCUGGAAACUGGCCAAGAUGAUUGAGGCACGUGACCGGGAACAGAAGAAAAAGCAGAAACGGCAGGAAAACAUAGCCAAGGCCAAGAGGACCAAGAAAGACUGAGCCUGUGGGUAGAAUGGGGGCAUAAAAAAAAAAAAAAGGAGGAGCCACCACCACGCUCACAGCCCUCCUUAUUCCAAAUAAUAACAUAGUGCCCUUCGUUGUUCCAGCCCUACUGUCAGCGCAGGGCCACUACGCCUCAUAUCCGGGGUAGGAGACUGGCCCCACAGGCCUAACAGUGCAGAGACGGACAGUACUGCCCGGAGGAGGCUUGUCCCAGUGGGACUUUGGUCAGCAAGAGCACAGUGGUCCCCUGUAUGAUGUUUUUCUACAGAAAUCCGCUGAUAAUAUUGUGCAGCUGUUGCAACACCUUGCAUUCCAUUCUUAGCAUCCAUGUUCUGCUGAAUUGAUGAUGUAAUGAGCAUACUGGAACUUUUUCCAAAAUAUCCCAAAUCUUUCUAAUCAAUAAAGUUUUCAUGGUUGAUAAGAA